ACGUACUGCAGCCAGCGACCGGCACAUUUUAAGUACACUUAAAAAGCGCAGUACACUAUAAUCGCUGGGAAUUGAUUUCUCAUGUUCAUAUAUUUAUGAAGCAAAGCAAACUGUGUGCGCAGUUAUCUGAUCUGACUGCUGGAAGAGUUGACAGCGCGAUGAUGUGCGACCAAGCCUGAUCUAGACAGUGUGUGAGGACAGAACAAACUGUUCCCUCAGCUAAACUCAUUCUGUGAUAAGUUUCACGCUACAAAUUUUAGAGUGGGCACAAGACUGCACUUUUUAAAUUGCUAUAAAGUCGCUAUAGUAUUGGCUGCAAUCGCCGGAUUAAAUACUACCGAGCUAUACUUAGUACAGUAUCACGUACAGCUACUUCUCCCGGAAGACUUCAUGUUUGCUCAUCAGAUGGUGAAUUUGACUACCCAUAAAUGAAGGUGCGUUCCCCACAACACAAACUGUGUUGAUAACAAGCCUGUUGACAAUGGCAAUGUCAUUAAAUGCCUUAAAACACCACUAAGUGGACUGGAGACAAUUGCUCCUUUGGUCCACUCUGUGGAGGAGACCCCUGAGCCAAUCUCUACUGAGGUGCAAGGCACCAUUCCUUCCUGGAUCAAUGGCAACCUCCUCCGCAACGGCCCAGGGAAGUUUGAGUUUGGAAACACACACUACAACCACUGGUUCGAUGGGAUGGCUAUGCUGCACCAGUUCAAGAUCAACAAAGGCCAAGUGACAUACAUGAGCCGGUUUCUGAACAGCGAUGCCUACAAGAAGAACAGUGAAAGGGACCGCAUCGUGAUGUCGGAAUUUGGUACCCUCGCCAUGCCUGACCCCUGCAAAAACUUCUUUCAGCGCUUCCUUUCUCGCUUUGAGAUGAUGGAGCCCACAGACAAUGCAAGUGUGAGCUUUGUGAAAUACAAAGGUGACUACUAUGUCAGCACAGAGACAAACUUCAUGCACAGAGUGAACCCAGAGAAUCUAGAAUCAUUAGAAAAGGUGGACUGGAGCAAGUUCAUUGCUGUAAAUGGAGCCACUGCCCACCCACACUAUGACCCUGAUGGUACCACAUACAAUAUGGGCAACUCUUAUGGAAGCAAAGGGGCCCUGUACAACAUCAUCAGAGUGCCCCCUGAGAAGACAGAUGCCAAAGACACCCUACAAGGAGCCAAAAUACUCUGUUCCAUUGUACCUGCAAACAAGUCCCAUCCCUCCUACUACCACAGCUUCGCCAUGUCUGAGAACUAUGUGGUGUUCAUCGAGCAGCCAAUUAAGAUGGACCUGCUGAAGAUAGUGACAUGUAAGCUGAGGGGGAAGGCUUUGAGCGAGGGCAUCUACUGGGAUCCCAAACAGGAAACUGUCUUCCAUCUUGUUGACAAGCGUACAGGCGAGGUCAGCUCAGUGAAGUACCACACCAAAGCCAUCUCCACCUUCCAUCAGAUCAACGCCUUUGAGGAGGACAGAUUCUUGAUGCUGGACAUGUGCUGCUCAGACGACGGCCAGGCCAUCGACAACUACCUCAUCCAGAACUUACGCAAGUCAGGAGAGGGGCUCGAUGAGGUGUACAACACCAUAUGCAGGGCUUUCCCCCGGCGUUUUGUUUUGCCUCUUAAUGUGACCAGCGAAAUGCCAACAGGCCAGAACCUGAACACACGACCCUCCAGUACAGCAACGAGUGUCAAAAUCAGCAAUGUCAAGGUGUUCUGCCAGCAUGAGGAUCUACAUGGAGAUGACCUCCAUCAGUACGGUGGCCUUGAGUUCCCUCAGAUCAACUAUGGCAGAUUUAACACACGACCAUAUCGUUACUUCUAUGGCUGUGGCUUCAGACACCUGGUGGGAGACUCUCUGCUCAAAAUGGACCUGAAUGAUAAGACGGUCAAGGUCUGGUACAAGAGGGGUUUCUACCCGUCAGAGCCUGUGUUUGUGCCGUCACCUGAUGCUGUGGAGGAGGAUGAUGGUGUCAUCCUCUCUGUGGUUCUCACCCCCUCACAGGAUAAAGGAACAUUCCUCCUGGUUUUGGAUGCCAAGACAUUUGAAGAGCUGGGAAGAGCCAAUGUGCCUGUUAACAUGCCUUAUGGCUUCCAUGGUACCUUUAAUUCCUCGGCUUAAAUCCAGUCCUGUUACAUUCAAAAUGUUUCUGACAUUGAGCAUGAUACAAAGAAUGCUAAAUGAAUUUUUAAUCAUUAGAACCACUAUAUUCCUGAAGGUACAGAGUUACUGCUGCACUAUAUGCAGCAUUCUGUUAUGGAUUGAAUGUUGAUUAAGUACUUUUCUAAACUGAUUUCCAACAGUAUUUUAAUACUUAAUUACCUCAAUGAUACUCAUAUUAUUAUAAUUAUAAUAAUUAUUAAUUACGUUCUUUUUGUAUCAACCUCAAAUACAUGAAUUAUACUGUCACCAUGGAACUUGUUAUAUUCAGGCUGAAUAACAACUGCCAGGGCCAUUCAAGUGCCAAAUGAACAUUUACUUUUGUACUCUUUUUUGUGAAGGUUAAAUGACUUUUAUACACUCUGUUUGCAAUUAAAUUUUUACCUCUGUGAACUGGCAA